UUACGCAUGCGCACGAAGCUUCCUGGGACGGCGAACAUCUUGCAAAAAUUCAUCAUUGCGUCAAGAUUGUUAUGACAGAGGCGUCAAAAUUUUCGGUCUUGUCGUGAACUGCGUAAGUGGACUGGACCGGCACGCACCGGACAUCGUUGCAGUGGGUCUUGUUGUACAAGAACCGCCCUUGUGCCUUUGAUGUACACGCAAACGAUCAAAAUGCCGGUCCAGAAGGAUUCAAAUAUCGUGAAAAUCGCUGUUCAAAUGACGGAGCAAGUGCCACAACUUAUUGAGUUCAAUCAAAAGCAACCGCUGACUGGAAUUAUUCAGGAGUUGUGUAAUGGAUGGGGUUUGUCUGAUGCAGAAUCUUACUCAUUGCAAUUCUCAGAUAGUAAUAAUCAGAAUUAUAUCACAGAGAAAAACAGAAAUGAAGUAAAGAAUGGAAGUAUUCUCAGAUUGGAAUUUUCACCAUCAAAAACAGCAAAUGAUAUUUUGACUAAGCUCAAUAAUGGAGCAAUGGAAGAGAAAGUAAUAGCUCUGCAGAAACUGAGCAAGCUUAGUACAGACAUGACAUUUGCAUUCGAAUUUAUAAACAAGAAAGGAUUGGCAUUGAUUAUUUCGCAAGUGGAAGGUGGAAAGUACAAAGGAAAUGCCCUUGCAUAUUCCCUUCAGUCAUUUGUGGAGUUGAUGGAUCAUGGAAAUGUGUCAUGGGAUAUAUUGGAAACACCAUUCAUCAAUAAAGUAGCAAGUUAUGUGAACAAUCAGUCGAUAACCCAGGAUACUAGUAUAAUAGAGGCUUCAUUAAGUAUCUUAGAAAACAUAGUCCUGAACUCAACGGGAAAGUACGGACAGGUGGAGAAGGAAGUGACUUUUCCUAAUCUUGUAAUGUACCUGCAAUGCAUGAACGCUCAAAUUCAACAGAACACGGUAGCACUUAUAAACGCGUUGUUUUUGAAGGCUGAUCUGUACAAAAGGCGUGCUGUUGCUGCCACUUUACAAUCCAAACAAGUCAGGAAUGUGUUCUUGACAAACAUCAUACAAUCUACUGGACAGGUGGGUGCAGAAAUGGCGCAUCAGUUGUAUGUGCUACAGACGUUGAUGUUGAGUUUGUUGGAACAACGAAUGAUGAUGAAGAUGGAUACACAAGAUCAGGACGCGCAUGAUAAGAUCAAGGAACUCCGAAAGAUCGCUUUCGACACGGAGGGUGCAACUGGUGGAGACAUUACCGCGCGUAAGCAAGGACUGUUUGCCAAGGAUUACAAGAAAUUGGGCUUCAAAUGCGACAUCAAUCCUGCUCUUGAUUUUACCGAAACGCCACCGGGUAUGCUUGCGCUCGACUGUAUGGUAUACUUCGCGCGUAUUCACACAGAGGGCUAUACGAAAGUCGUUCUUGAGAACUCGUGCCGCGCGGACGAGCACGAGUGUCCUUUCGGCAGAACAAGCGUAGAACUCGUUAAAUUACUUUGCGAGGUGUUACGUAUUGGUGAAGCACCCAGUGAACAAGGCCAGUCGUAUCAUCCGAUGUUCUUCACGCACGAUCACCCCUUUGAAGAGUUCUACUGCGUCUGCAUAGUUCUCCUGAAUAAAACAUGGAAAGAAAUGCGAGCUACUACAGAGGAUUUCGUUAAAGUUUUCUCUGUUGUGCGCGAGCAAAUCACCAGAGCACUUCAAUGCAAGCCUACGGGAUUGGAUAAGUUUAAGAGUAAGUUACAGCAGCUGACUUACUCGACGAUUACUAAUCUUUGGCAACAAGAGAGGACAAGUAGGGAGGAAUGGGAAAGCCACGCGAAGCCAAUCGUAGAAUUAAGAGAACAAAUCACUCCGGAAAUCCUAGAGUUAAUUCAACAACAGCGAUUAGGCUUUCUGGUUCAGGGCACCAGAUUCAUGAAGUACAGUGCUAGAGGACAAAGAAUCAAAGAUAAAUUCUGGUACGUCCGCUUAUCACCAAAUCACAAAGUGUUCCAUUACGGAGAUUGCGACGACAAGUCUGUGCCAACCAUCGACGAUCUUCCUACGAAAUUGGCGGUAGUCGAAAUUCGACAGCUGAUAGUCGGCAGGGAUUGCCCGCACAUGAGAGAGUUACAAAGACGGAAAACUACUCAUCAAUUAGCGUUUUCCUUGGCUUUGGAUUCCGUCGAAGUUUCUAGUCUCGAUUUCGUCGCCCCGGAUGAGCAGAUUUUCGAUUAUUGGACCGAUGGUAUCAAUGCCUUACUUGGACACCGAAUGAUAAGUAAGGAGGCACAGAAUGAUUUGGAGACUCUUUUAUCAAUGGAUAUUAAGUUAAGACUUCUAGACGCCGAAGGAAUUGAUAUUCCGCAGGAUCCACCUGCAGGACCUGAGCCACCGCCAAAUUAUGACUUUUGCUAUGAAUUGAAGUAAAAGUUGUACAUGGUGUUCAUUGCUUUACAAAUUGCAUCAUUGUAUACUGAUUGGUUUUUACUGAUAGACUUAUUAGCCACAAACUUUGUACGUGUGUACAUAUAUAUUUUUAUAAUUUUUUCGAUCUCGCGCACAUUCGUAUUACAGCUGUGUAAUGUGAAUUCAGAUUUUUUAGGCCAUAACUUUCUCUACCGCAUAUUUUAAAUGUACGGGAAAUCAUAAAUACGUCGUACCAAAGAAAUCUUUUAAACUUUAUAUGUUUGAAUUAUACAUGUGCUUUUUUUAGAAAAUAUUUAUACAUUCCAAACGGAAUAUUGUUUUAUAAAAAUACUUAUUUUAUAAAAAUACUAUAAUCAUGUUAAUGUUUUUACUAUAUUUCAAUUAACUUCAAGAAAGCCUGAUACUCAGCCCAUCAAUAUAUCGAUAUUUUAUAUACUAUCUUUCAUCCACUUAGAUGUACUCUGUCAAUAUUUUAUACACUAAUUAGCGUGUGACCGGCAUAAUGCGAUUAAUAAAUCGUGUAACUCUAACUUUAUAAAGUAUUUAUUGAAAUCUCAAAUUAUAUAUCAUCUCAAUUAUGUAUAUCAAUGAUAUAAUCUCAAAUUAUAUAAAACUUUUCACUA